AUGUUAGGACUUGUGACGGCGAUUGUAUUCGUAUCGUUGGGCUCUCUUGCAUAAUCGAGUUACUUCUGUCGUGACUACACGCGACCAUUACCUAACGAGGAAGACACCGUCGUAUAUCUGAAAAAGAGAGGAAUUGGGCUAGCCUACGUUGAGAAGGUCAAAUGGAAAAAGAAUAAUGAGGAGUUAGAUGACGACGUGAUUUCGGCACAAGUCUUGGAGCUGGAAACCAUCCCAUCAUGUCGUGGGACCCGUCGGCCCGUAAAAGAGGUUUUCGUUGUGGACCGUGGAUUUUCCGCUGGUGAAACAGUAAUAAAAUUCGAGAAUGAGUUUAUUGGAGUUUCAUUGAAAGAGUACAUGCGUAUUCCGCGACUCGACACUGCUAUUGGACAAGUUGUAAAUGUUGAGGUUCGCGGUGACGUACUGUUAUUGCCGCGGAAGAAUGUGGUUGUUAGAAAUGUCCCCUUAGGAAGAAAUGAAUAUGUUAGUUUGACUGAUGCCGUGCAGAUGCACUUUAUGCUGGAUGUUUAUAAUAUUGUAAACAAGGAUCAUUCACCCACUCAGAGCGAAGCGUCCCCCCAAUCCUCUCAAUUGGAAGUGGAUCGAAAAGUUUCUGUUACUAAGGGGUCAAAGGUCGCUCGCAUUAGUAACAGAGUAGAGUCGAAUGAAGAAAAGAACUCUCCAUUGUCGCAUAAUUCGAAUAGUUUUAAUUAUGUGGAGCCAGAAACAGAUAUGAGGUGGGAAGGUGUUUAUGAGUCGUCAAGCGAAAGUAUUGAGGAGGAUGAAGCACCGUCGAAUUCUGGACGACCAAGAGUUGCCGUUGUUAGAAGCCUUGUUCGACAAAGACGGAAACGCAAGCAUCCAGUUCAGCGUCGGAGAUGUACACCAUCAUCACCAAUUAAUACCGCUGAAUUAGAGAAAGAAAUACUGAAUAAUGAGGUCUUUGGAGAGUGGAUGAACGGUACAGUCGAGCGUCAAAUUCCUGGUUAUUUGCUCAUUCCAUAUGAUCCUGAUUUGGACCAGCAGGAUCAUUUGCCAGGAGUCUUAGUUGCGCGUAAAGACGUGGAAAACACCGAUAGCAUUUUUGGUGUAAUACUGUCGACAGACUCUGCUGAACGUUCCUGUGUUGUAGCGUGGUUCGAACGCAAAGAAGAAUGUGUGGAAAAGAUUGCUGAGGAGAAAUGUAUCCUAUUCGACAUUAUGGCACAUCCGACUUAUAAGCGUGUGUUCGUUGGUAAUUACGGUGUAAGCGUCAAUCAUCAAUCAAGCGACAUGGCUGAGAUGGCUUUUCAAAUUGUCGCUGAUCUAAGGAAUGGGAAGCAGCUUGUACGAUUUUUGAAUGGGACCGAGCAAGAACUGUGGCCCUUCGACAUUUUGCCCAUUGAUUUUAUGGACGAGUCGAUGAGUAGUGAUGAUGAAGACGAUUUAAGUAUCUCAGAAGCCGACCUGUCGAAAGACAUGAGUUUAUUUUCUGUGACAUCGGACAAGGUGGCAGAAUUUAUCUGUCAUCUAGGAUUUUUCCAAUGCCCAAAAUUAAACGAAAGCUGUCUGGUUGAUCGAGAAAGAAUUGUCGCAGUGAUUGAGCGUUUUGUUGAAUCUUUCCCACAACUGGAGGAUUUUUCAAAACAGUAUAGCCCAGAGGAUGACGUGAAGAGUUCUACGUGUUUUCAGCAGCAACGAAUCACCUUGAUUCUGAAGGCUUCGACUCGACAAAUGAUAAAAGGAAUUGAUCGUACGUCGCUCACAGCAACGCUCAUGGCACAGAUUCUCGAAUAUGAAAGUUGGCCCGUGGAGAACGUUAAUCUGAUUGUCAACAAAGAAAUUAAAUUUCUGAACAUACCAGAAUGGAUAUCAAACGCAACUGUCCCUUCAGCAUCACCUGGGCGUAUUUUUCUUCGCAACAGGCGAUCUGUGGACUUCCUUAAUCCGACUUUGCUUCAACGGCUAAUGGACUUCUGUCAAGCGUACUCUUUCGAAACAGUCUAUGAUGAAGUGCUUGAUGAACUCGUUGACGCUGUUCCUAGCGAUGUUUCUAAAAUUUCGAUGGGGAAUAAGUUCUGUACGACUUUGUUCAGGGAGCACAAAGUGCUAGCUGAGAACGUACCGGAUAACAUCCAUGUUCACACAUUCGCAAAUAGGUUGGAUGUUCUACACGUUCUCAUCAUUGGACCAAUGGGAACGCCUUUCGAAACUACCCCAUUCUUUUUCAAGUUCCAACUGCCUUAUGAUUAUCCUGAGAAGCCACCCAACGUGACUUAUGUGGCAUACUCAAAGGAACAACUCAACCCAAAUCUUUACCAAAACGGAAAGGUUUGCACAAGCCUACUUGGUACAUGGUCUGGUCAGGUAUGGCAAUUCCUUUCUGGUGUCAUCCAAUCGUUAAUCUUAGUGCCGGAACCAUACUUCAACGAAGCAGGUUAUGAGAACCGUAAGCUGCUAACCGAAAUGAGUGACAAGUCCCGGCGUUACAAUGAAACAGUGGCUAUCAAUUCUUUGGAAUAUCUCCACAAGAUUUAUCUCGAACCUCCAGCUGAGUUCAGUGACAUGAUAAGAGAAUUCGUUAGGAAAUCUUGGUCGCGGCUGCAUUGCCGUAUUAAUGGCUGGAUAUCCGGAGACGCACCGCCAUCGUUUCCAGUGAUGAAUUCUAAAGGCUUCAAAGUAGCCCUUGAGAAGAUACUAUCCAAGAUAACUACGGCUGUCAACACUCAAGGUGGAGAACAGAUGGAGAACACGGAAUCUAUUCAGUUAAGUACUUAUCCAAUUUUUAACAAAAGGACGCUUGAACACUAA